GUCUUUGUGAAUGGUUAAACGCACACAAAGACAAAAAUAUUUUUAUUUUUGCUUUGGAAAACAGUAUAAAAAUAUAAAUAAAUACGAAAUGGAGCCCAAUGAUGAAGUUGUGGAGCGACAGAAGCUUGUGCCCAACGAUGUGGAAACCGAGGAAGAAGCGAAAUCAGCUCAAACACCUGCCACGCCCGUCGCCGUAGCUAAGAUCAAUAUCAAAGGUAUUUCGAGCGGUGAUACAACACGUAGCCGAAAUUCAGCCUCGUGUUCGAUCGAACGUACUAUAUCAGAGAAGGGCCAAGGACAACAGCAGGGACAGCCCUCUGCUAAGACUACGCUGCAAUAUGUAAAUGAGCGUCGGCCACGCCCUCACGUGCCCAAUAGCGGUGCGGCUAAUGAAGAGCGAUUCGAGUUUAAGACGCGUCCGCGCAAGCUGUUGAAGGAUGAAAAUCCGUUAGAGCCAACGCAUAGUAGCCAGCAUAGCUUGAAUAGCAUUACGCUGGUCAGCAGCGAGUGGCUAACGCCAGAUGCACCUGUCGCGACCAACAGCAGCAACAACAACAACAACAAUGAUAGCUCAAAAGUAAACAAUAACACGACGAAGCCGCUGCCGCCGCCUUUGCAGCAGUUGCACAUUCCAAUGGCCAAUCCGAGCAUACACAGCGACAAGUUUGACGAACGUCCAAUAAAACAUCAUUCCUUUGUCUCCGAAGUGCCCGAUGUGAAGCACAUGGAACGAGCGCUACUUGGCCUGCUGGAUGACUUUCAUUCGGGCAAGCUAAAGGCAUUUGGCUCCGGUUGCACCAUGGAUCAAAUGACCAAAAUACGCGAGCAGCAGGAGAGCUUGGCCAAAUUGCAUUUCGAGUUGGCUGCCGCUGAGGAGGACUCGCUGGAGCAUGGCAAGGAGUUCAAUACGAGUCGAGCGCAAGAGAAUAUGCUGCAGCUGAUGCAGCGCCUGGAGCAGCUGUCCAUUUCCAUUGAGCAGCUGCAGACCAGCCACACGGGUCUCUGAGAGUUGGCUAAGGUGCCGUCCGGCACGCACUUUGAUCAUCUGCUGUUGCUGCUCUGAGCCGCAGCGCCAACCCACCCACACUGGUGUACAUAAGUUCUCUUCUAUGUUUAACUGACAGUUUUUAUAAGAUUUGUAUAAGCUUCCAAUUUUUGUAUAAGAGUUAGGCAGUGAUUGUGUACGAGCAGUUAGCGUUACAGUUAACUGCUAGAGCACAUAUUUAGAAGCACAUUACUUAUGCAUAUACACACGUGUAUAUGUAUGUGUGCGCGCAUAUAUUUUACUUGUAGCAUAGUGUAGUCGAUUAGCUUUAACUUUGACAGUGCCAACUGCAAGCACUUGAGCCGCUUUUCCCCCUCCCUUGACAAGCUUC